GCCGUAGCCGCUGCCCCUCCCCUUGCCCUCGAUCCAGGCGCGUGGUGGUGGCCUCUGAGCGCGGCCGGCGAGAGGAAGCCUCGCGCCCCGGUUGUCCCGUCCCGCUCCCCAGCCCGCAUCGCUAUGUUGGGAGCUGCCCUGCUCCUUCGUCGCUGCACCGCCGCCGGCCUCCGUGGCCUGGCCCGGCGGGUCCGACAGCCGCCCGCCGCCGCCGCUGUGUUGCCUGCUCGUUGCUACUCUCAUGGGACACAAGAGUCAGAUGAAGAAUUUGAUGCUCGCUGGGUGACAUACUUCAACAAACCAGAUAUUGAUGCCUGGGAGCUAAGGAAAGGCAUGAACGCGUUGGUGGGCUACGAUCUGGUGCCAGAACCAAAAAUCAUCGAUGCUGCUUUGAGAGCAUGCAGACGGUUAAAUGACUUUGCUACUGCGGUCCGCAUCCUAGAAGUUGUAAAGGACAAGGCAGGACCUCACAAGGAAAUCUACCCUUAUGUUAUCCAGGAACUUAGACCAACUUUGAAUGAAUUGGGAAUCUCCACUCCAGAGGAACUGGGCCUGGACAAAGCAUAAACAUAAUUGCUGGCUGAUGCACCUCUCCUACAGAACAUCAAGGGUUACUCCACCGGGUCAUAAACGACAUCCUCCACCUGCUCCAGAAAAGCACCAGUAUGGGAGAUCUGAUCAGCGAUGAUGUAGAGUAACCUGCUGACCUAUGCCAAGUGCUGUACCUUUAAAUUAGUGGCUAUGUCAGAUGCCAAGUUUGGGAGACCAAUACUACAAUCAGUGUUAAACUGAUGCAGCUGGAACUCCUCAUUCCCACCAUCCUGAGGGGAUACUGCUUGUCAGUUACCUACACUAGGAUCCACACUGACACAAGCUCUAAGAGAGAACAGUUACUUACCCCAUGGUAACUAGUUCAAGAUGGUCAGUGUGGAUCCCAGACCUGCCCCCAUCCUUGGAGUCCUUACCUGCCAUGGUCUUUAAUGGUGAGGGAACAUGGGAAGGGUCGUGACCACUUUACUCUUCAGCCACAAGGGGGCAUAAUGGACAUGCACAGCCCUGACAAGCAAGGUUUAUUAAAAAAAUCUGAUCUCCUGUGCAUCCCAUCCUACACUAGGAUCUACACUGACUCAAAGAACUACAGUUACUGUUGGGUAAAGAACCCUUUAUUUUCUUUUCCACAGAAUGUUGCAAAAAAGCAAGUGGAAGGUGGGCUAAGAAAAAGAGACUAGUCCUGUUAUUUGGGAAGUGACCUAGCUGAACAUCAGAAAAUAUGUGCCCCAGACCCCUCAUGACCACAACUGUUCAGUGUUUAGUGUCCUUUAAAAGCUGAGACUAUAACCAUGGCAUAAGCUCCCUGGCCUGUCUUGCAGUGAGAUAAGGGAUUAAGUAUGUAUAGGAUCUAUUUCAAACACUCUCCUGUCAGUCCAGCUAAUGGGAUCUAGAAGUUCUGUCUGUAACACACAGAUUCUCAGAGAGAUUAAAUCCUUAUGUGUGAGACACAGUUUUACAAGUGUGGCAUUUAUUAAUGCUUUAUAAAUCAGAAAUUGUGGAGUCUGGGAGGAAUGGGAUACACAGUAACAGGGCUAAGAAUAAGAUGUAAUUUAUGUUCUUGGAAAGCAUUUGUUGCAGAGGAUGUUAAAAAAAUAAAAAGUAAUAAUAUACAAACAGA